AUGCGCCGCGCGCGCGGCGCCCCUACUGUGGCCGGCGCGCCUCUCUCGGCCGGCGGCGCGCCUCUCUCGGCGGUGGCGCGCGCGGGGGCCCGCGCCUCUCUCUCUGGCGGCGGCGCGCCGGGGUACGUGCGCGGCGGCGGCUGCGGCGACACUGGCGCGGCGCGAGCGGGCGGCGGCGGGCGGUUUGGAUCCUUACGGGGGCUACGGCGAGCUGGUGGCGGCGGUCGAUGGCGCGCGGUGGCGGCGGUCGAUGGUGCGCGGCGGGUGGCGGCGGUCGAUGGCGCGCGGCGGCGUCUGCGUCGAGGAGGCGUCGGCGGCGUCGUCGAGGCGCGCGGCAGAGAUCGUCUCGAUACACGAACGGGCGGAGGAAGAAGGGAACCGGCGCGGCCGUUCGGCCGCGCGAUAUUUAUAGCGGAUGACCUUUAG